AUGGCCUCCUCUCACGAAGCUCUCAACCCCAUUCACCCCGCGGUGCUUCCCCACCUCGACCCGGUCUUCGUGCGCCUCUACAACGAACACGUCGCCAAUACUCCCGCGGGGCCAAUUGACCUGUCCGUCCUGCGCACAAAAUACUCGGUGCUAUACUCGUAUGGUACAGGUCCAGCUCCCGACUGUGCGCGCGUCUACGAUAGUGAAGUUCCCGCCCACAAUGGCGACUUGAUUCCCGUUCGAGUGUACGAGCCUGCCACGCCAGGGCCUUGGCCAGUGCAUGUGGAUUUCCAUGGUGGAGGUUGGGGCCUGGGUGAUCUCGACACCGAAGCCCACAUCUGCAAGCACAUCUGCGUGAAAGCGAACGUCUGCGUCAUCGAUGUCGCGUAUCGACUGGUGCCAGAACAUGCAUUCCCCAUCGGCAUCCAAGACUCCUUCGCCGCCCUCCAAUAUUUCUCCGCCCACGGGGCCGACAAAUUCAACAUCGAUCCCACACGCGUCUCCGUCGGCGGCGUCUCGGCCGGUGGUAACAUCGCCCUGAUAUGCGCACACCUCGCCCGCGACGCCCAAAUUCCCCUCAAGCUGGUCGCAGUCGGCACGCCCACCAUCGAUGAUAUCUCGAAGUACAAGUUGGCCGCCGAGGCGCCAUGGCCAUCCAUGCAGGACAUGGAACAUGCGCCCACGUUGAACUGGGCACGACUGAAGUGGUUCGAUAAUCUCAAGUGGCAGAGCAUUGCACCCGAGGGACCAACUCGGGAUGCACAGUUGGCAGCCGUGAAGUGGUAUGCCAAUGCCCUUCAAGCACCGGAUUUCACUCGCCUCCCCAAGACGGUCAUCUACACGGCAGGCUGCGACCCGCUGCGGGACGAGGGUGAGGCUUACGCUAGGAAGUUAAUUGAGGGUGGGACUGAGGUGAUCCAGAAACGGUUUGCCGGUGUUCCACACCCGUUCAUGCAUAUGGAUAAAGAUUUAUGGCAAGCAAAGGAAUUCAUCGACAUGACCGCGGAGCACAUCAAGGCUACGCUACAUCAAUAG